AUGAUUUUGGACAUGACCCGCUAUGUUCAAAGAGCAAUAGUGCAUCAACGAGAACGAACAGCGCUUUAUAAUAUGUGCAGUAUACUUGGAGAGGGAGAAGGAUCAAGAGGAAAUGAAAUUACUGAAUUGUGGAUGGAGUACGAAGCAAAUUCUUCUCCAGAAGCGAAAUUUGUUAGAGACCUUGACAAGGUUGAAAUGCUACUUCAAGCGCUGAAUUGUAAUGGAGAUGAGGAAGGCAGGGAUUUGGAUGAAUUUUUACGCUCGGCUGCUGGGGAGUUCCAAACUGAAAUUGGCAAAGCUUGGGCAACAGAGAUUGCUUCAAGCAGGGAAAAUUAAUAAAUCCCCUAGGUAUUCUGAUUCAAUUCAGAAGUUUAUGAAUUCUCUUGAGAGGAAAGUUUGUAUCUCAAUUGGCUAUUGUAGCAUGGUGUAGGUAUCUUACAUUCUUACUGUACAGAUAACCAAUAUAGCAGGUGUGCAUGAAGCAACAUUUAGUAGAUGAUUUAGCUGGAUUAUCUUGUACUAAUAUACUUUUA